CACAAAUCCCUCGACAACAGGCCUAGAUCUUUACCUGCCGACCGCGCUCACGAAACACCUCUCCCCUCAAUUCACACCCGAUUUCGACAUAAUGUUCAUGCAGCGAACUGUUUUCGCCGCGGCCCGCCGUGCUGCUGUUGCGCCCGUCGCCACUCGCGCCUUCACAACCUCCUUCGUUCGCCGUGAAGCUACCAAGGCUCCCGCCGCCGCUGCUGCCAAGUCCGUCACUGGCUACAAGACCCUGACUGAGAUCCGCUCUGACGACGACCUCUUCGGCCCCGGUGCCAAGCCUGGCACUGUCCCUACCGACCUUGAGCAAGCUACCGGUCUCGAGCGUCUCGAAAUCCUCGGCAAGAUGGAGGGUGAGGACAUCUUCGACAUGCGUCCCCUCGAUGCCUCCCGCAAGGGCAACAUGGAGAACCCCAUCAUCGUCCGCUCUGCUGGCGAGGAGCAGUACGCCGGUUGCACUGGCUACCCUGCUGGUUCCCACGUCGUUACCUGGCUCGGCCUUUCCGUCGACCGCCCCAUUGAGCGUUGCCCCGAGUGCGGCAACGUCUACAAGAUGGAGUACGUCGGCCCUGAGAUCGACCACCACGGCCACCACGGCCCCGAGAUCGAGGAGCCCAAGACCUUUGCCGACUUCAUCAAGCCCGAGUACCGCUACCAAUAAAUUUGUUCGCCACAGCGAGCUAAUUACAAAAAAAGUUGAAUCGGUGUUGAAUUAGACGGCCGGGAUCGCUUAAUUGGCGGAUACCCCGUGUUUGAUAUACUAUUUGCUGUUGGGGGUGAUGUGAGGUGGAAUCAUUAGACUAUGAAGAUAUUCACACGAGAAGGGCGGAACAGGGGCUGUCUGUGUAGAUUAUCGUGGCAUUUGUGCUUUCCCUUUGUUACAAUUUAUACAUUUUGACUAUAACGCG